AAGAGAAUGGAAGAAAGGGAACGAGAGAAAAAUGAAGAGGAGAAGAAGGAGAAGGAGGAUAUUGGGAAAAGAACCAGAGGAAAGAAAAAGAAGAAAGAAAAGAAAAGAAAGGAAGAGGAGAGAGAGAGAGAGAGAGAGAGAGAGAGAGAGAGAGAGAGAGAGAGAGAGAAGAGAGAGAGAGAGAAGAAAGAAAAGAAAGAAGAAAGAAAGAAAAGAAAGAAAAGAAAAGAGAAAGAAAAGAAAGAAGAGAGAAAGAAA